GCAGGACAGGGCUCGAGAUGCUGUCGUUCGGGAGCGGGGACUCGGCGCAGGUGGCGAUCGUGACGGGCGCGGGGCGCGGACUCGGCCGUGCGUGGGCGCAGGCGCUGGCGGCGCGCGGGGUGCGCGUGGUGGUGAACGACAACGACGCCGACGCGUCGCUGGUGGAGGGCGUGGUGCAGGCCAUCCGCAGCCGAGGGGGCGUGGCGGUGGGCGACCGGAACAGCGUCACGGACGGCGCCGAGAUCGUCAAGACGGCCAUGGAGAACUUCAAGCGCGUCGACAUCUUGAUCAAUAACGCCACGGUUAUCCGCGACGGGUCCUUCCGCAAGAUGACGCUGGAGCACUGGGACGACGUGUACCGCUCGAGUCUGCUGGGCACGUUCAGCGUGACGCAGGCGGUUUGGCCCAUCAUGCGCCAGCAGAAGUACGGCCGCAUCCUCAACUGCGUGUCGGGCGCUGGGCUCUACGGGAACUUCGGCCAGGUCAACUACGCCGCCAUGAAGAUGGGACUCGUGGGCUUCACCGUCGCGCUGAACCGCGAAGGCAUUAAGUACAACAUCGCUGUCAAUGCAGUGUCCCCCGUGGCCGGCACGCGCCUUACCCAGCCAGUGUGGCCCGAGGACGUCUACACGGAGCUGACCCCGGAGCUGACGUCGCCGAUUAUCGUGUAUCUGUGCCACUCGUCGUGCAAGGACAACGGCGAGCUGUUCGAGCUGGGUGGAGGCUGGGUGGGGGCUUUGCGUCUGCAGCGUACGCACGGCGUCGGCUUCCCCACUGACCCGAAGCAGUUCACGCCGGAGCUCGUGGCCGAACAGUGGCGUGAUGUCGUCGACUUCAGCCGCGUGACUCACCCGACGUCCACCCAGGACUCGUUCGAGCCCAUGAUGCGCAACGUGACCGCGCCACCGAAGUCUCUGACGACGUCUCGAUCGAGUGAGUGUGCGGAGGUGUUCGACCGCCUGCGAGCUACGCUGCAGGAGAAGGGUCACGCUCUCAGCAAGCAGAUCUCGGGCGUGCUGGAAUGGCACAUCAACAAGGAAGUCUGGACGAUCACGCUGCUGCACGGCAAGGGCACCCUGCUGGAAGGACGCAACCCGCGCCUCGCGCCCGACCUGCAAAUCCACAUGGACGAGCAGGACUUCCUGGACCUGGCGGCGGGUCGGCUGCGAUUGCAGCAGGCGCUCAUCCGGAAGAAGCUGCGCCUGCAGGGCAACCUCAAGAUGGCCAUGAAGCUGCAGCCCUUCGCGGACCUCCUGCUGCAGCAGCACCAGGCGCGACUGUAGGGAAAGGUAUACGCGCAGCGAAAGAGGGUCGGACGAACGGUGUUGUACUAACAAGUUGACGGGUCCACCACCG